AUGGUCCAAGCAACAGCCUACAUUGUCAAGGAGAAAGGGUCUCCUUUUGAGCGCAUAACUGUUGAAUUGGAAGAGAUCCAAAGUCAAGAGGUUUUGGUAGACCUUCAAGCAACUGGUAUUUGCCAUACUGAUCUCGCUGUCCAACAUGGGAAAAUCCCAAUGCCCUUCCCCGUCAUUCUCGGUCAUGAAGGUGCUGGAAUAGUCCGUGAGAUCGGCUCGGCGGUCACAAACCUCGCAGUAGGAGACCAUGUGGUUCUUUCCUUCAGCUCCUGCUCGGAAUGUCGCAGCUGUAACACUGAAAAGCCUUGGCAGUGUUUGGAUAUGCAUCAGCGCAACUUCGGAGGACGCAGACCGGAUGGGUCCCAGACUAUUACUCCCGCCUCUGGGGAGACUAGCACCUGCUUCUUCGGCCAGUCUUCAUUUUGCAAUCCAGCAGUUGUUCAGCAGGCUUCCUGUGUGAAGGUCGAUAACAAUCUGCCGCUUCCUGCUUUAUGCUCCCUAGGUUGUGGGUUCCAGACAGGCGCUGGGAGUGUGUUCAAUGUUGUCCAACCGAUUGAGAGAAAAUCGCGACAUAUCGCCAUCUUUGGAGUAGGUGGUGUUGGAGCUACAGCAAUCAUGGCUGCUCAUAUCCUUAUGCAGGAGAAUCCCGGCGUGAUUGAGGCUAUUGUUGCUAUUGAUCUUGUAGACGAACGGUUGGCCUUAGCCAAGCAACUAGGCGCAACCCAUGUCAUAAACUCGAAAUCCCAGGAUCUUGAAGGGAAGAUCGCUGAGGUUACUAACGGGGAUGGACUCGAUGCGGCGAUAGACUGUACCGGUGUCAUCCCUGUUGUUAACUCGAUGGUUAGCUUGGUCGGAGCAGGUGGGGUUGCCGUCACUGUGGGAGGACCGUCCCCAGGUCUCCAGGCAUCUAUUGACGUCUUCGAGAUGUUGAUCAAGUGCAAAACCUAUUGCGGAACCCAUCAGGGGAAUUCGGAUUCAAAGACUUUCAUUCCAUUCAUGGUUAAGCUCAUGGUAGAAGGCAAAUUAUCUUUUGAAAGGCUGCAAAAGUACUACAAUGUUACCGAUAUCAACCAAGCGGCAAGUGAUAUGGAGAUGGGACUUGUUGUGAAGCCAGUGCUACUAUGGGAAUGA